AUGUCUGCUUAUGAAUUGGAUUUGUCAUUUACUAAUCGUUUGCCGUGGAAUAUUCAGCUGGAAUGCGCCGAGCCUGGUCAUAGGAUGAAGGAACACGCGACCGUGACGAUAGCUGGCCUGUACGGUGAUAUGCGUCCUGUGGUGGCGCGUUUCAAGAGGCCCACUCGUAUAUCGCCUAAUGUACCGCACAGAGCAUCGAUUCAAUUUAAGGAAGACGUCGAAACGUACGCAGGCGCGAAUGGAGCCGAAGACAUUCGUGUUCACAUCGGGCAAGGAGGGGUGGGUGGUGCGCAGGAGACGUCUUCAGGCGCUGACGGGGAUAUGUUCGCGGCGGCGGCGGCCACUGACCCGUCAAGCAUCGUACAUUUUGCGUUCCACAACGACGAUCCGAAUGGGAUUCGUCGUGGCAUGACCCGAGGACCGGCCGUAUUCACGAACGCCAUCGGUGGCUUCUACAAUCGACCGCAGCAGUAUCGCCCGGUGCCGUCGAUCAGUGAGGGUUGCCUCUACGAGGGACAAAUCCCCGAGAUCCACUUCUUGGCGCCAGCGCUUCCAAAACCAGAAGUAGCUGCUGCCACAACCACCACCACCAUAAAGACUGAUUAA